GCCCAGCCGACAGUGGCACUCCCGUGAGAGGGAGUAAAAAAAAAAAGAAAAAGAAAAAACAACCAUUCUUAUCCUACGCACCCGUUUUUGUUGUCUUUUAUCCUAUCCUAUGCCUCUCCAUCACAGUAGUCCACUCUUCAGUCUCCCCAUUUUCACAGGGGACCCCUUAGACCAAGAGUUAGUUUUAUUUCAACCCAAAAAAACAGUGAUGACCGUUAAUGCACGUUGUGCCACUCUCCGGAUUUUUCUGUGCCACAUUUUGGCCCCUGAUGGUGUUUUAUCGUAACCAUUGCUUAGACUCUUUGUCAUGGCCUGAUCUGCUUGGAUUCGGGCUUAUUUUGAUGAAAAAUCAAUACGCACUUGCAUUUAUUUAUUUUUAUUCUCAAAUUCAUAAUCUUUCAGAUCCGAGUCUCUGUAAAGAUAUUUAUUACAGGGAAAAGGAUCUUCUUUAUGAGCAAUUUGUGUGAUUCCUUUCAAUGUGAGAAGCACACAGCAGUUCUUGAUAAACCAAGACCUCCCUUGGUUUCAGCUGAAAGAAACAGCAAUGCAACCGCAGCAGCAGCCACCCGCCGUCCUCGGACGAGGGAAGUUAGUUCCAGGUACAAAUCAUCCUCUCCAACAACACCUUCUGUUGCUAGGCGUUUCCCGUCACCAAGCCUCACUAGAACAUUGCCUACACCUUCCCAAGUGUUGCCUAAAAGAUCUCAAUCGGCCGAGAGGAGGCGCCCUUCAUUUCCACCUUCACCCCCAAACCCCUCCACACCGGUUCAAGAUUCAUCAGUAGAUGUGCAAUUUCCAUCUAGAAGGCUAAGUUCCGGUGGCCGGUUACAAGAGAGUUUAUGGCCUUCUACAAUGAGAAGUCUUAGUGUUUCAUUUCAAUCAGAUAGUAUUUCUAUUCCUAUCAGUAAGAAGGAAAAACCAGUUAAUAAUGUCACCUCCGAUCGAACAUUGAGGCCUUCUUCAAAUGUAGUUCAUAAGCAGGCCGAAAUGCCUACUGGGUCCCGAAAGCCUACACCAGAGAGAAAGAGGAGUCCUCUUAAAGGGAAGAAUUCGCAGGAUCAAUCAGAGAACUCUAAACCAGUGGAUGGCUUACAUUCUAGAUUGAUUGAUCAGCAUCGAUGGCCUAGUAGGAUAGGUGGGAAGGUAUCUUCGAAUACAUCAUUGAAUAGAAGUGUGGAUCUCACUGAUAAGAGUGUGAAAUCUUUGUCAACUCCAGUUGGAGUUGGAUUAUCUUCACUCAGGAGAACUCCCACACCUGAUAGUGUAAUAAAACCUUUACAAGUUUCUGCUAGUGAUACUGCGAGGAUAUCGCUAGAAGAAAUUGGCAUAGUGUCUGAGGUGAAUUCAGUUGGUGAUAAAUUGCAGCGGAUAGCUGGGGCUCAGAAACUUGUUGCAUCAAGUUUAUCGGACAGAAUAUCAUUGGCAAGUCCUGCAGUUAGAUCUCAGUCCUUGCCAACUCCUGGAUCGCGUCCUGCAUCACCAAGUAGGAAUUGCAUUAGUAGAGGUGUAAGUCCAGCACGGACAAGACCAUCUACUCCUCCUACAGGGGUUAGCCCAUCUCGGAUAAGGCUAUCAAGUGUCUCCAGUCAAUUCAAUAAUUCUACUUCUGUGCUUAGUUUUAUAGCGGAUUUUAAAAAGGGGAAAAAGGGUGCAAGCUAUAUUGAAGAUGCUCAUCAGAUACGACUUCUAUACAACAGAUAUUUGCAGUGGAGAUUUGCUAAUGCCCGGGCAGGGGCUGUUCUUUACUUUCAGAAGGUGACCGCCGAGAGAACCUUAUACAACGUUUGGGACACCACUUUAGCUUUGUGGGAUUCGGUAAUCAGGAAGAGGAUCAAUCUCCAAAAGCUAAAAUUGGAGCUCAAACUGAAUGCAGUAUUGACUGAUCAAAUCGCCUACCUUGAUGAUUGGGCUUUACUUGAGAAAGAUCAUAUUGAUUCUUUAUCUGGGGCUGUGGAAGAUCUGGAGGCAAGCACUCUUCGUCUUCCAGUGACUGGUGGGGCAAAGGCAGAUAUAGAAUCUUUGAAGGUUGCUAUUUGCUCAGCUGUUGAUGUGAUGCAGGCAAUGGGAUCUUCCAUAUGUUCUUUACUUCCAAGAGUGGAGGGGAUGAAUGCUUUGGUUUAUGAGCUCGCCAUUGUUGCAGCACAAGAGAAAGCCAAGCUUGAUCAAUGUGAAGCUCUAUUGGCGUCAACAACAGCUAUGCAGGUAGAGGAGUACAGCAUUAGGACUCAUCGUAUACAAACGAAAGAAGCUCUGGAGAAGCAACCACCACCACUCAUGGCCAUGAAAACACCUUCAUGGCCCUGAUCAACCACUAGACUAACUUUUCUUCACUCGGUAGAGAUAAAAUUACAGGGUCUUCUCUGGUCAAAUGUAAAUUGAUUUUUUUUUUUCAUCUUAACUUCAGUGGGGAAAUUUAUUUUGUUUUAUUCUCUUUUUUUUUUUUUCCAGUAGUGAGCCUUCGGCUCCAUCUUUUCCUGUAAUUUUCUUGUAUCAAGGGAAUGGAAAGAAAAUGAGAAGGAAGGAAAGGAUUGGAAAUUCAA